GACACACGAGCGCCGAGACACACGCACACACACAGACUGGCGCUCCUUCCGCACUCAGAGGCGGCGCGCGGCAGAGGAGAGCAGGACAGGAGCAGCACCGCCGUUUUCUGAGGAGGUGCCAAACUGGGCGAGAUGUUUACCAGGAGUUCGGCCCCGAGGAGCCAGACUUGAACUUUGCAGUCCUCUCCAGCUUGGCGGCUUGUGUUUUUUUCCUGCUUUCCUUAGACGAUUUGGACACAGCAAGAUACAUUUGCCCCCCACACCUCCUUCCUGUCAUCUUGCUCCCUUUCCUCCUCUCGACGAUGGUGGCCAAGGUGGUGCUACUUUUCCUCCUCUGCCGGGGGGCCAUAUCUGGCCAGCUCCAGGCCACCACACAGCAGGGAGACUCUGCAGCUUUGCAAUUUGAGUCCGUCCCCCCCGCGGUCUACGAGACGCCGGCGAGUUACAAUCCCGGGCCAAUGGAUGCCCUCUUCUACAUGGUCCACACGUUCCUGCACGUGGUCCAGCCUAACCCCUUCCCUGAAGAAAUCAUCGUCCAGAUCAUCCAAGGAGACUUCCAGUCCCAGUACAGCAAGCCAGAGAACGUUGUUCUGAUGCUCCAGGCCGCCCACUACGAGAUGGGCUUCCUGGUGUGUGCAGCACUGGGUUUGCUCUUCAUGGUGCUCAUGCCGCUGGUGGGCUUCUGCUUCUGCGUGUGCCGCUGCUGCGAGAACUGUGGCGGUGAGAUGCACCAGCGGCAGCGGAAGAAUGCCGAUUGCAGGAGAAGCGCAUUGGCCGGCGCGCUCUUCGUCACCUCACUCCUCAUUACGGCGGGUGUCGUGAUUGCGUACGCAGCCAAUCAGAACCUCAGCGACCAGCUAAAGGGUGUGUGGAGAUUGGUCAACAGCAACAUGAAGGACCUGCAGACACUUGUUAACCAAACCCCAGUGCAAAUCGAUUACCUCAUUGGACAGUAUAACACAACCAAAGGGAAGGUCAUCUCAGACCUGGACAAUGUGGCCCCUUUGCUUGGCAGGGAAAUCUAUGAUAACCUGGCAAGCGAGUGUCUUCCCGCUCUUGAUCGAGUGUCAAGUAUGGCGUCAGACAUGCGGGAGACCCAGCGCGCUCUGCUGAACAUGAACCUCACCCUGGAGGUCCUGCAGAAGAGCUCCAGCAGUCUGCAGGCCAACCUGAGCCUGGUGAACACCAGCAUAAAGAGCGUCCUGAACGACUCGGUCUGCAAACUGGAGUCAGUGAAGAAUGUCUGCAUGUCCAUCAGAGACUCACUCAGCCAGCUCUGCAUCCACGCUAACUUCUCAAGGGUAGACGCCCUCGGACCCUGCACCUUCCUCCAUCCUCCUCCACCUUCCUCCACCCUGCUCCACAUUCCUCUACACCCCUUAUCCUGCUUCAUCUCCCUCCAUCCUGCUCCACCCUCCUCCACCUUCCUUCAUCCUCCUCCACCUUCCUCCAUCCUCCUCCACAUUCCUCUACACCCCUUAUCCUGCUUCAUCUCCCUCCAUCCUGCUCCACCCUCCUCCACCUUCCUUCAUCCUCCUCCACCUUCCUCCAUCCUCCUCCACAUUCCUCUACACCCCUUAUCCUUGAUGCUCUUUCUCAUUCCUGCUGUAAUUGGUCAGUUUGUAGCUGAUAGCAUUAGCCUUCGGUGUUUUACAGUAAAUCACUGGAUCACAGAGGGACGUGGUCUUUCACAUCUCGCCGGCCCGCUUCCCACGUUUCCCUCUGCAGGUGUACGGAACCUCCUGGACGACAUCGGCACUGACAUCACCAGCUUCUCGAAGAAGCUCCCCCUUCAGGCCAAUCUGAGGGACGUCAGCAAUCUUGUCAAUCAAGUCCACUCCCAGAUCGAGGACGUCUACCCGCAGAUCGACCGAGCGGACUUCUAUAGGUGGACGUGCUGCGUUACACUCUGCUGCCUGGUGCUUCUCAUCCUGACCUUCACCUUCCUGGGUUUGCUGUGUGGGGGCUGUGGCUACGACAGGCACGCCUCGCCCACCACCCGCGGCUGCGUGUCCAACACCGGCGGGAACCUGCUUAUGGCGGGGGCUGGCUUCACUUUCAUCUUCUCCUGGGUGCUGAUGGCAUUCGUGACGCUCACCUUCGUCGUCGGAGGCAACGUGGAGAAGCUGUUUUGCGAGCCGUUGGAGUCCCAGCAGCUGUUUAAGGUUAUAGACACCCCAUAUCUAUUGAACCACAAUGCAAGGAACUUCAUCCCUGCCCUGCUGAUUCACAACCCAGAGAUCAACCUGACUGCAGGGAGCCUAUACAGCAAAUGCAAGGAAAACAGGGGAAUCUAUUCAGCGCUGCAGUUGGACAAUGUCUUCAACCUCACGGCCUACCUCGACAUCAGCGCGCAUUCGCAGGACAUCGCAAAACAGUUUGACAGCGUCAGUGUGGAUCUGAACAGCAUUAUACUGCUGGAGCCCAGCGGGAAAGAGAACCUAUUGAGUUUUAACAAGACGGGAGUUGACAAGAUAAAUUACCCAGAAUACCUUGCUGAGGUUAACAAGAGCAUCACAGUUGUUGAUCUGCUGGUGUUCGCUGACAACCUGGAGAAUCAGGUGAACAAGCUGCCACAGGAACUGCAGGGCAACCUGAGAACUCAAGUGUCCAACAUCCGGGAUAUCCACAACAAGCAAGUAAUCCCCAUGCAGCACAGCGCGACCACUUUGAGCCAGAGUGUCCAACGGCUGCAGAGUCUCACGUCCAACCUUCCAAGCAGAAUCGCAGAUACACUGAAGGCCAUUGACAGUGCACAAAACAUCACCCACAAUGCAACGCACAUCAUCACCCAGGAAACUGGGAAUUACAGGGACCGCUUAAUUGGCUACUUUGAGCAGUACAUCAACUGGGUCAAGACAUCGCUGGCCAUGGACGUGGCCUCCUGCAAGCCCAUCAGCAACCUCGUGGACUCUGUGGACCUUGUGGCCUGCAGCUUCGUAGUGGACUCACUGGUAAGUUGAAAAAGCUUCUCGCGGCACGUGGGGAAAGUGCGCAGUGCAGAGUACAGUGCAGAGUACAGUGCUGAGUACAGUGCAUCUACAGACUUGCCUCGGUGGCC